AUGGGUUUUAAAAGAUCUUCAUCCACCCCAACCAGACCUGCUACACCAAUGAUCGACGAACCAAUCUCUAAAUAUCAACAACCAUUAAUACCUGGACCCUUAACAUCGCCGAUCAUUUUACCAUUUAAAAUCGGUUCAACAAUUGUAAAUAGUAAGGAUGGCUUGGAGUAUCAAUUGAUUCGGCCACUUGGCAACGGUUCAUACGCUGUUGUUUAUAUGGUUCGCGAAAAAUCUACAAAUAAAUUUUACGCUUUAAAAUGUUUAUCUAAAGCUGAACUAAACGAUGAUCAUUUGGAAGUUCAACGCAAUGAGGUGCUUCUUCAUGAAAAACUUUCACAUCCUAAUAUAGUGAAAUUGGAACAUUAUUUUGAAACAUCGGAAUGGCUCUUUCUAGUGCUCGAGUAUUGUGAAGGCCAAGAUUUAUAUUAUUGGUUGACUCAAAAUAACGAUGCCAUAGAUACAAGAACUGGUAAACGUUUAUCAGAACACGAAAGAAUAAAUCUCGUAGAGCAUGUCUUUAUGCAAAUCUUGGAAGCUGUAGGCUAUUGUCAUAGUAAAGGUAUUGCUCAUCGUGAUCUCAAACCUGAAAAUUUUAUUGUCAUGGUUAAUAAGAACAAUAAAAAAAAUAAGAACAAAAGCGGUCAUGGUGAUAAUAACGGAUAUGGAUUUGAAAUACAAAUAAAAUUGACCGAUUUUGGUUUGGCUACUGAUGAAGUUGAAUCAAUUGAUUUUGAUUGUGGCUCUAAACCUUACAUGAGUUAUGAAUGUCGUAAUCCCAUAGAUGAAACAUAUAAUACACGACUCGCAGAUAUUUGGUCAUUAGGUAUAAUUUUUCUUAACUUGGUCUAUCAUCGUUCACCAUGGAGUGAUCCAAAUCCGGACCAAUGCAAAUCAUUUGCCUCAUUUCGAACCGACAAGGUUGGAUUUUUGAUGCGAAAAUUUCCGAGAAUACCAAAAAAAGUUGCAUACUUUUUGGCAAAUUAUGUAUUCAAUAGCCCUGAAAAAGGUCGGAUUGAAAUUGAUCAAUGGAAACUUUGGUGUGAAGAUUUAAAUGAAAAAAUGAAUACGGCUAUUGACAGUACUAAAGACGAAUCCUAUAAACCAUCGAGUCUUAAUAGCAGCAGUCGCAGCAGCAACAAGGAGGACAAUAACAAAUAUAAUAUUGAUUAUGACGAUAAUUAUGAUGGUGACGAUGAUCAUGUCGCACGCCAUGAUUCUUGGUCAGAUAUUUUAGGGGCAUUUGUCAAAGAAUUAAGCAUCAAAGACGAUGACAAUGAUAAUAAAGUUGAAAUUAAUAAUAAUGAUGACCGUAAAUCAAUCACGUCACCAUCAUCACCAUUCAAGGAAAUUAAUAAUGAUGAUGAUUAUUCACCGAUUGAACAGCAACCAAUUAUUAUCACUAAUGCUAACGCUAAACCACCGUCAUUGACUAUUGUUGUUAAUGAUAACGAAAAUCUAGAUUAUGAUGAUUCAAUUGCUGCUAAUAACAGUGACGCUGAUUCUGGAUUUGGUACAGAUGAAGAUACCAAUACUAAACCUUGGGAUGAGCCAUUAAGAACUCCUCGUGUAGACUGUAAUGAUUAUCAUCAACGUGAUGACACAUCACCGUCAUCACCAACAACUACAACAUUUAAUGAUCAUUGGUCUUCAUCUAAUCAACGCCGUGAACGUGUUGAAAAACGUCGUAAAGAAAAACAGGAACAACAACUUUCUGUAUGGGGUGCUAAUAGACGUCGCGGAUCUUUGACCAAUAAUAAUAAUUUUAGUAAUGAAUCAACAUCACCUUCACCAUGGGAUUCAUUUAAUAAUCGUUAUAAUCAAUGUAUGGAUUUGUAA